AUGCCUGCAAUUAAACCAAAAUCUAAGAUUUCCUUUUCCAUAAAUUAUCCAUUUUUCAUCAUAAAAUUAAAUAAUCCACAAACGUUAAACUCCAUGUCAUAUGAUGACUUUCUUUAUAUAACAAGACUGUUAGAAAUAGCAGAAAACGAUAAUAAGAUAUAUUUCACUGUUUUACAAGGUUCAGGUACGUUCUUCUCAUCUGGUGCAGAUUUUAACACCAUAUCAAAUAAUCCAAGUGGUGAUGACUCUUAUGAAUUGAGGUUAUGGCUUGAACAGUUUUUAUCCAAAAAUCAAUAUAUCACUAGUGCUUUUAUCAAUCAUUCUAAAAUCCUUAUCGCAUGUCUCAACGGUUCUGCUAUAGGUUUAAGUGCUGCUAUCGUUCUUCUUUGUGAUAUGGUCUAUGCUAUGGACACUAAAUCAGAGACUAAUUUCCUACAGUUUCCUUUUGCUAAAUUAGGCUUAUCUUGUGAAGGUGCCACUUCAAUAACUCUACCAACAAAAAUCGGUUGGAAUAAAAGUUUUAGUAAAUUGGUCUUUGGUGAGAAAUUAUAUUUCCAUGAACUUUUAAAUACAGUCAUUGUCAAAGAUUAUUCUAUGGGGAUGGAUCCCUUAAAUGUCGACACUUUUAACAACCAAAUUAUUAGAGACUUAAAAGAAAAAAUCAAACCUCUGUAUCUACCCGCAUGCUUACAAAUGAAAACAGUUCUAAGAGCAAGCAAUGAUACUGUCAACACCUUAAUGUUAGCCAAUUCAAACGAAGUUCAUGGUGCUUUACCAUUUUGGCGUAAUGGUGAACCUCAGAGAAGAUUUGCCUUAUUGCGUGAUAAGAAAAUUUCCGCUAAAAGAAAUAAAAUUGAUAAAAGCAAAUUAUAA